GGUCUCCGUACGAUACCCUGUCAAAGGCGGUCUUUUCAACGAGACCGUCGGAGGUGAUGACAUGCUUGCUCAAGCUAUGCCUGAGUAUGAUCGCCAGUAUCUCGGCCGACAAGGCCAGCAUGUUCGGCUGUACGACGGAGGGAUGGACUAUGUCGUCCAGGUAAGGCAUUUUCCUUAGUGAUUUUUUUUUCCUUUGCUUUUGUUUCUCUUCUGAUUUCAAAUUCCGCUUCGUCCAGGGUGCCCUAAUGCUGCGGGAGCAGCACUGGAGACAGGAAGCCGAGAUAGAGCGGCUGAAGAAGAUGGAGGCUAAGGCUCUCUCAGCCGAUGAGGCCCUCCAAGAUCUGAGGGACAAGGUCAGGGCCGCAGAAGAGGAGAUGAAGCUUCUUCAGAUCCGGCUUGAUGAGGCCGAGGCCGCCCGGAAGAAAGCUGAUGAGGCCGUCGUCGCUGCUAUCCAAAGAGCCGAAGAGGCGGAGCGCCUCAAAGCUGACGCUGAGAAGGCCGCCGAGAAGGCCGUAGUGGAUUUCAAGGCCGAGGGGUGGAAAGCCGAGGACCAGCUCCCCUUCUGCUAUGAGGUGGUUGCUGAGAGGUUGAAUGAUUGGACGACGAAGGACCCCGCCGGCCAAGAAUUCUGGAUGAACGAGAUGCAAGCUUUCUACGACUGUGGUCAGUACAGGAUGCAGAAGCUGAUCUACAGGAAGCUUCGUCGUCGCUUCCGGAAGAUGAGGCCGAGGGGUCUGAGUCUCCCUCGGCGAAUGAAGAAUCCUGACGAGGAUUUGAAGCUCCCCCUGUUGGAGAGGCAGCCCCCGAUCCUAAGCUCGUCUGAAGGGGAAGAGCCGUGGAGUGAUAGUGAUGACUAUUUGCUCGAGGGGCCUGCCGAUUCCCAAGCCGAUGAAGGUGGUGGUGAUGAUGAUGCCGAUGACGGCCACGGCGACGGUGCUGUUGAUGGUGGAGUGCCAGCUAAUGUUGUAGCUUAGUAUUUUCUUGUAUUAGUUUUUGUAGCCAUAGCACUGAAGUGCAUGUAAUGGCCGAAGCGCCCACCUCUUGUAUCUUUUUAUCCAUUAAUAAUAAAUCCUUUUUGUCACCAUGAUUCCCUCUUCCUCUUUGCAGUUAGGUAUGUUUGCUCUUGUAAAAUUUUCUAAGUGUCAAGGCUGUGUCUCGAGGUCGUUGGCGUCCCUUGAUUGAGACGUAGCGAUUUUCUCGCCUUUACUGUCCUUGGGGACGAUGCGCCUCCUCGUCCCUUGGUGAAUUAUUUUUCCUUGGCAAACCUUGUCCACGCAUCACGUUUUGGGGCGUAGUUUUGAAGUGUUGAGGACGAAGCGGUACCCCAGAUAUAGAAUGGUGACGCAUCGUCUCUCUUGUAGUGUGACUUAGAAAAUGUUCUAAGUGUCAAGCUUGCCUUGAUGGAGUUGUUUUGCCUUGGUUCGUUCACUUGGGUUUUGCUACUCGGAGAUGAUGCGCCCCGUCGUCCAAGUAAUGGACCGUGGUUUUGUAUAACCGAAACCGGAGCGAUUUCCUCUUAUGAAGCUGUGGUUGAGGCCGAAGCGUUCACCUCGGAUUCCUGUUAGGUGAAAACCUGAUAUGUACUUAGCCGAUUUUGAGGCUUUGGUUUUUGUGGGGAUUUUAUUUUUUGCUCGAGGCCGGCGAGUGCGCGGUCCGUCGGCUUCCCUUUUUUUUUUUUUUUUUUUUUUUUUUUUUUUUUUUUUUUAGGGUGGCCGAAGGGUUACUGUCCCUUCGUCCUUGUGCGGUAUUUUGCCCGCUACGCUUUCCGCGUGGAUUAGUGCGAGGGAGUAAAUACGCCCUCGGCUUGGUGUCAGUGGCUUCCUUUUCUGGCCUUUCCACGUCUAUCGUCGACGAGGGACCGGACAAGGCAUCGUCUUUUGACGGCCGCCCUUUGUGGUCCUGAGCGAAAUUUUACUGACGGGUGGAGUUUUUGUAACCUCAGCCUUAAUUCAGGCCUGUCGUCCUGCGGUUUCCGCGCGGACGACGCGGUAUGCAUCUCCGUUUGAAGACGUUGGACCAUGCACACAGGUCCUUCGUCCUACAUAUCGCCGGCCGAUUUGGGUGUUUCACCGCUUGUGCCGAUACGAUAUUUAGGUGCGUUGUUUAUUGCAACGGCUUUAUAGGCACGUUGUGGAUCGCAACGGCCUUAGGUGCGUUGUGUAUUGCAACGGCUUUGGGUGCGUCGUUUAUUGCGACGGCUUUAGGUUGCACCGGACCCGGGUGAUUGCACCGCUUAGGCCGAUGCGGUCCUUAGGAUUACCUUUGUUCAACUCUUUAAAAGAUUGGAUGAAACAUGAAUUCUAUUCAAUGAGUGGCGCUAGGCCGAGGGUGUUUUAUUCAACCAAUAAGCCGAGGGGUGGGGGACGUUGCCCGCUUCACCACUUCUCGAGUCAUUGGUAAAAUUUCACCAGGUGGUGUACAUUCCACAAUCGUGGUACAUCUGACCCAUUGGGGUUCUUUAGUCUAUAAGUGCCGGCUUUGAUGACGGCGCUGAUGAUGUAGGGCCCUUCAUAUUUGACGGCGAGCUUUCCUCCUUCCGUCGGCUUGCUUGCUUCCCUUCGUCGGAGGACGUAGUCCCCCACCUGGAAUUCGCGAGAGCGGACCUUGGCGUCGUAGUAGGAUUUGACUUGUCGUCUGUAGUUCUCUGCCCGAAGGUAAGCCAUCUCUCGCCUUUCAUCAAUGAGGUGCAAGUCAAUCUUCAUGGCUUCUUCAUUGGCUUCGGGGUCGUAUUGUGUGACCCGUCGGCUGGGGAGGGUGACUUCAGUGGGAGCUUUGGCUUCGAAGCCGUAGCACAAGGAGAAUGGUGUCUCCCCGGUGGCCCUCCUCGGCGUAGUGCGGUAGGACCAUAGGACGUGGGGGAGCUCGUCGACCCAACUUCCGCCCUCUUCUUCAAGCUUUUUCUUCAGCCCCUCCAAAAUGGUUCUGUUGGCGUUCUCAACCUGCCCGUUGGCCUGAGGGUAGGCAACGGAGGAGAAGCGGUGCUUGAUACCCCAUUCUUGGAGGAGGGUUUGGAACGGUUCGGCCUCAAACUGGGUGCCAUUGUCUGAUAUGAUCUCCUGAGGCACGCCGAAGCGGGUGAGGAUGUUCUUGUAGACGAACUUUCGACACCGCGCUCCGGUGAUGCUUGCGAGUGGUUCGGCCUCGACCCAUUUGGUGAAGUAGUCGAUGGCGACGAUGAUGUAUCUGUUGUUGCCUGCAGCUCUCGGUAGAGGGCCGACGAGGUCGAUGCCCCAUCUGGAGAAUGGGAUGGCAGUGCUGACCGGGGCGUAGUUGACGGCUGGUCGGCCAGGUGCCCUUUGAUAGUGUUGACAUGCGCUGCAUUUGCGGGCGACCUUAGCACAAUCACGCGCCAUCGUCGGCCAGAAGUAGCCUUGGACGACGAGGCGGCGCGACAUGCUGAAGGGCCCCUGAUGUGAUGAGCAUACGCCGCAGUGGACUUCUUCCAUGGCCACUUCGGCCUCAUUCUGGUGCAGGCACCGGAGGAGGGUGCCGUUGUAUGAUCUCUUGUAGAGCUUGUCACCCUCAAUGACAUAGCUUGGGG